AUGGAAAUAUUGGAUAAUUUUGUUAUGAUAUUAGUCAUAGCUACAGAAAAUGAUUAUGUUGUUGAUGGUCAACACAUGAUAGGAAAAUACUUUUAUGAAGGAAGUGGAACUAAGAAAGAUAUUGUAAAAGCUAUAUACUGGUUAAAUAAAGCAAAGGAAAAUAUGAAUUUAAGAAUGUAA